GCAGAGAGAUAACAUGGAAGAGGGGCUGCUAACGAGGUCUAUUACGGUUGAUCAUGAUGCCAAGUCCAAGAGUCGUGGGCUUGGUGGUGACUGCACUGACACACAGCCAAAUGACUCCCCAGCAACCUUUGUUGUUGUUCUAAGCACCUUGGUAGCUCUUUGUGGCUCUCUUUGCUGCGGCUGUAUUAUUGGAUAUUCAUCACCUGCUGAAUCUGGAAUAAUUGAAGACUUGGACCUCUCUAUUGCAGCUUAUUUGGUUUUCGGUUCAAUAGCAACAGUUGGAGGACUGGCAGGUGCACUGGUAAAUGGAAGGAUAACCGACCUCACAGGUUGUAGAGUAUUGCUGGGUGGAUGGAUAUCAACAGCAUUUGCCAAGGUUCUUUUCUCUUUCUUCCACAUAGCAGUUGUAAUUCAUUUUGAUGUGAGGAUGUUCAAUCCAUCCUCCAUAUUUCAUUUGGCUAUUCAAGCAGCAUAA